UUUCGCACGCGCCACCAGUAACUUGCAACAGUUGCAGUCAGCCAGUCGCUAAGCACAGUGUUCUAACGUAAAAUUAAACGUUAUUAAAAAAAAAGUAAUUAUCAGCCAAAGGAGCUGACAAAUUAUUGCAGUGCAAUUAGUUAAAGGCCGCAGGAGUAGCAAAAAAUAUAUCUUAAUUGCAGAAGCAAUUAAUAAUUUGCAUUCCAGAAACUUUUGGCGCUUUAAGCAGUUACUUUGGUGCUACAGCAUUUCGUUAGCGGAGUUACAACAGCAACAACAAAAACAUGUCGAUCUCUGAUUUCCGUAAGAAGAAAUUGCUCUUUUUGUUCAACGUUUUCUUUGAUGUCAAUCAGAGCGGCGAAAUCGACGUUAAAGACUUCGAGUUGGCCAUUGAGCGUGUUUGCCAACUACGCGGCUGGGCAAACGAUACACCGAAGAAUAAGGAAAUCCAUGCGGUUAUGUUGGAAAUGUUUCCGUAGACGAGUGGUGCAACAUGUGGGACGCCUAUGCCAAAGACCCCAGCAGUGCCAUGGACUGGCAGACCAAAUACAUGAAUUUCAUGUUCGAUCUGGAGGAUGCUUCCACCGACGGCAGCAUUGACGUGGAAGAAUUCGCUUUAGUCUGCUCCAGCUAUGGGCUGGCGAAGUCGGAGUGCGAGGAAGCGUUUAAGAAAAUGGCACAAGGUCAAAGUGAGGUCACACGUGAUCAAUUUGCCGUUUUGUGGAAGGAAUAUUUUGCCGCGGAGGACAUUAAUGCGCCAGGCAACUUCAUCUUUGGCAAGACCUCGUUUUAACGCUCUAAAGAUUGCCCAGCUGCUAAAAUUUUCAAAACGUUUUUGUGGGCAUUACUUACGGGUGCACAGUGGAGCGUCUAAGCAAAUUUGUUUGGCAUAAAGUGUGUUAAGUGUUAAUGUUAAGCUAUGCCCUUGAAAUUUAAGUGUUUGGAAGUAAAAAACUUAUAUAUUAAAAAAUAUAAAAUUUUAAUAAAAAAUAAAAGAAUAAA